AUUUGGAGUAUUCCGAGGUCGCUAAGCGAUUACUAUCUGGUUGUGCAGGAUCUUUAGUUUACGUUCACGAUUGGCGGGCGGUCCAGAGUGGCAGACCUUGAGAGUUACUCAAAGCUUAUUCCCCUUCUAAUAGGGUUUCGACGAUACCCCGCCAUCGCGCAAGGUUGCAGCUCUCAACCCUGGCGCACGUCGUCAUCGUUCCCGAAGUUUCUCACCAGGCACCGAUCCGAUCACCAUUCAAAUCAACCACCUACCUCUAUCCGUAACUACCCACUACAUUACCAAACUUUACGACCACUCGCAUCAACUCACGAGGUUUCUCAAUCAGAAUUUCUAAUUAAACGCACAACUACAUUCGCUCCUGGAGAUCACAGAUCCAACCUCCGGUCCUCCCGCGCUUCGCAUGCCUCUUCGGCACUUAAUCACCAGAAUGACGGUCCUCACCCCAUCCGACAUCCCCUCCCUCUCCCUCCUCUACAAACUCCGGAAACUCUCCCCAGCACCACCCCACGCCCGACUCCCGGCCACUCUCCACGGACCGUCCACGCGCCCGGCCCCAUCCAAAUCCCUCAACGACCGCCUCUGCCUCUUACGGUGCGACAUCACGACCCUCUCAGUCGACGCCAUCGUCAACGCAGCCAACAAAUCCCUUCUCGGCGGGGGCGGGGUGGACGGUGCAAUCCACCGGGCCGCUGGGCCCCGGCUGCUAGCCGAGUGUCAGAAGCUAGGCGGGUGUGCGACGGGCUCCGCCGUCAUCACAGACGCCUAUAACCUCCCCUGCCGGCGGGUCAUCCACGCCGUGGGGCCCGUGUACGACCCGCUGGACCCGACGGAGAGCGAGCGGCUGUUGGCGGGUUGCUACACGCGCAGUCUGGAGCUGGCGGCGCAGCACGGCUGUCGGAGUGUUGCCUUCAGCGCCAUCAGCACGGGGGUUUAUGGCUAUCCCAGCCGGGAGGCGGCGCCUGUGGCGUUGAGUGCAGUGCGCAAGUUCCUGGUUGGGCCGGAGGGGGACAAGAUUGACCAGGUGGUGAUUGUUACGUUUGAGAGGAAGGAUGUGGAGGCGUAUCAUGAGUUUCUGCCGCUGUAUUUCCCCCCUGUCGCCGAGAACGAGUUCGCGGCCGAGCAGACAACCGAGACUGCCGAACAACAAGAGAACGAGGCUGAGCUCGAGGCCGAAGCUGAAGCUGUCGCCAGCGAACUGCCGAGCGCCCCGACUUCCGAUCCGUCCGAUAUGGGCCACACAGGCAAGAAGCAGAGGCAUGGGAAUGAUUGAGC